CUCCUGCACUAUAGUAAUCGACCUGGCAUUGUCCAGAAUCAUGCGCGUCCGGCGAUCAUCGGCACCUUUUGCGAUUUUCAAUCUAGAAAGAAAAAACGCAGACACCUGCUCGGUCCCAGGGCCCCUCAACUCAGCACACCCCGCACUGCAGAUGACACGGGCCGACAAUGGCAGAGGUCGGCCGUGAUGAGGGCCAUGACCCCUUCGCGCAGGCUCCCCAGCAAGGCUCCGACGGAGUCUACAACACCCACGAAGAUGCCGAACCCGAGUCUGUCGACUACUCGCCACUCAGCUUUGUCGGCACAGAAUCGACCUCUGGUACUCGAUCUCCCGGUAGGAGAGACAAGGGCAAGGCAGAAGAGAGAUUGGCCAUAGACUUUGAAAACAACACAUGUCCCCUUAUCUCCCUCCCCGCCGAGCUGCUCGGCAGCAUCCUGACCUACCUCGCCCCGGAAGACCUCUGUCGUGUCUCCGGAACAUGCCGUACUCUCUACGCCCAUGCGACAGACGACCGACUCUGGCGAGCCCACGUGCAAGACAACGUUCCAGGGCAGGAAGUCACCUCCUCAUACCCGUUUGCGAGCUUCCGCGAGCUAUACGCUGCCCUCGACCCUCACUGGUUCGUCACCAAGUAUAAGUUCUGGUUCUCCGACACCGGUCUUCCCGGGCGGAUGAUAGUGGCUCGCUACGAUCAGCGACGAGGAUGCAUCGAGGGUUACCAGCUGCUUGCCCACAACCAGAACAGCAGUUUCCACACAUGGCAUGCCCACGGCGACACCAUCCUUUCCAGCUUCAACCCCAAAGUCAAACUUCACCUCGAUAACCCUGUCCUCCGACUGCCGGCGCGCCUUCCCAAUAAUCACGACAAUGACUCCGAAGGCAUUGUAGUGCUCCGGCCGAAUCACAAAGACACUGAUGUCCCAGACGGCGAUGGCUCCGGAACCAGCGGCACCAGCGGCACCGGCAGCAGCGGCAGCACCGGCAGCGGUAGUGGCAGCGGCAGCGGUAGUGGCAGCGGCAAGCCGAACGGCCUAGACCAACAGGCCCGGGCGAAUAGGUUCCAGUCCAGUAUCUUGAUGUACACAAACACAUCGAGCUUACAAAACAGCUUCAUCUACGCCAGGAGCCUCUCGCCCGACGACAUGGCCGAGCGCGCCCGUUCCCACUUCCCUUAUGGUCAUGUCUGGCCGCCGCCAACCAUCCCAAGCCCCCACCGCGUCCUGGGCGCUGGCCUGGAGCGCCACACGUCCCUCAGGGACCGAGACCGAGCUCAUUCGCGGCGCGAUGUCUACGAUCGAGCGUUCCGUAUCCACAAGUGCAUUCAUGUGAACAACCUUGACGAUUAUAUUGCGCCCGGCAUUCUCCCAAUCAACUGGCCGCCGCUCGCCCACCAGUGGCUGCUGCAGCUGGACCAGGCCAUGCACAGGGCCAACCCCCUUUCCGCCGCGCGCGUCCCCCUCGGCGAGGAAGUCUCCACCUACGCCACCCUCGACCCGGCCCAGUACACGCCCACGCAGACGAAGCCCUGGCGCGGCAUCUGGGUGGGCGACUACGGCGCGCACGGGUGCGAGUUCUUGUGGAUCCACCAGCCCGAUGAUGACGACGACGAUGACGACCCUUCCCCGGCGGCCGUCGAGCGCCCGGAGGACGAGUCGGACGAGGCGUAUGCCGCGCGCCGGCGCGACGCCGCCGUCUACCGCGGCCGGCUGGAGGCCGUCAAGCUCACGGGCGACGCCAACGUCCCCCGCGGCGAGGUUUCGUUUGUCGUCGAUGACCUGGGACCCGGCGGGCUGAUCAGAACGGAGACGGCAGCGCCGUUUGAGGGAGCCAGGGUAGUGAGCAGCAGGGGCCACAUUGCGAAUAAUGGCUUCUCGAGCCACACAUACGUUGACUCGGAGUUGUUCCUCAUAUCGUCCGACCUGCUGGCGCACAACUGGCUGGCGUUAGGGCAUAUCAGUUACUUUAAGAGGGUGGAUAUUGAUAGCUUGAUCGUCCCGGAGUGAAUGAAUGAGGACUUUUAUUGGGGAGAGAUGCGACUUGACGGUGACGAUUUGUAAGAAACUUUUAGUUUGGUGAUGUUACUUGGGUUUGUUCGUGUCGGAAAUGGCUGGGUUUGGUUACGGGAAAAUGGCAUCCAGAUGGAGAGAGAGGCAACAGUCGGGACACAAUUGGGCGUUGAUAUGCAUUGCCGUUGGGCUGGCGUGGUGCAGUUUUCGUUUUCGUCGCAGUGUAGUUGGAUCUGCGCCUAUCAGUGCUAUUAUUAGGCCGCCGUUGUUUUCAC